ACUGUCAUGGCGGUGGCGAGCUGAGGCUGCCGGGGUAAAUCAGGAAGCGAAAGCAGCGCAGCUGGGUCAGCGUUGACGUUGAAUCAAGUCUGUGGAGUUUGCCGGGGAGGACGGCGCGGACCUCCGUCCUCUGUCGACUUCUCCAGGAGCCGCCGACGAACUUGCCGCCCCUCCGGUUCGUGAGUUUUUGCUUCCGACAAGCGCGCUACCUGUCAACUGUGUGGACUCCGACAAUAGCAACUUCCACUGCUGAGCGGAGAUACCGAAGUCUUUGUACCCUCGUUUGCCGUCUGACCGAGCAAGACGAGAGGGCUGGUUAACGACGAGCUCCGCUUCACCUGCUUCCCUCCUUCUUACCUGCAGCGCACUUCCCCGCGGCUUUUCAACGGCAUUAAUCCAUCCGUCUGGUAUCAAGUUACGGGGCAGGGAGAGGAGCAGUUCGCUCUGGAGUGAAGCGGUGACAUUUCCAGGCUGUCGGCGACUGACGAAUUCAGUUUUUUUUUUUUUUUUUUUUAGUGCCCACUUUCGAGGCUCAUUCGCUGAACUGUUUUGGAUGGGGAGGCAAGCGUGUUGUUUGUUUGCCCGUAGACCGUCAACAACGACUCAGCCGAGGGGGGCAUAGAUCCCUCCUCCUCCUCCUCCUCCUCCGACAUCGGCUGCACUGUCACCGCUGCAGGUGAACAGGUGCCUUACCUGUGAACGCCACCUGUCCCGUCCUUCCUUCCUUAGCAAUGGCUAGCGAGGAGACGGCGGGCGCCGCGCAGCCGGGUGAUGGAAAGGACGGGAGGUCGGGCGCCAUGGCGCUCAACCCCGGAGUGCCCAUCAGGGGGAUACGGAUGAAAUUCGCCGUGCUCACCGGCCUGGUGGAAGUUGGGGAAGUUUCCAACCGAGACAUUGUGGAGACUGUGUUCAACCUGCUGGUUGGCGGCCAGUUUGACCUGGAGAUGAACUUCAUCAUCCAGGAGCCGGAGAGCAUCGUGUGCAUGGUGGAGCUGUUGGACAAGUGUGAGCCCACCUGUCAGGCCGAGGUCUGGAGCAUCUUCACCGCCAUCCUCAAGAAGAGUGUCCGUAACCUGCAGGCGUGCACUGAUGUGGAGCUCAUCCAGCAGGUGCUCCACCGUAUAUCCACCACUGACAGCAUGAUCGCAGACCUACUUGUGGACAUGUUGGGUGUGCUCGCCAGCUACAGCAUCACAGUAAAAGAGCUCAAGCUUUUCUUCAGCAAGCUGCAAGGGGAGGAAAACCAGUGGCCUCGUCAUGCAGUAAAGCUUUUGUCAGUGCUGAAGUACAUGGCUCACAGAAACGGUCCUGACUCCUUCUUCAGCUUUCCAGGGAAAAAUGCAGCCGCUAUAGCUCUGCCUCCCAUAGCAAAAUGGCCAUACCAGAAUGGGUUUACAUUCCACACGUGGCUCCGCAUGGAUCCUCUCAACAACAUCAAUGUAGACAAAGACAAACCUUACCUGUACUGUUUCCGCACCAGUAAAGGCCUAGGUUAUUCUGCACACUUUGUGGGUGGCUGUUUGAUAGUGACCUCAUUAAAAUCCAAGGGAAAAGGAUUCCAGCACUGUGUAAAGUACGACUUCAAACCACAGAAGUGGUACAUGGUGACCCUUGUUCACAUCUACAACCGCUGGAAAAACAGUGAAAUUAGCUGCUAUGUGAACGGGGAACUGGCUUCCUUUGGAGACAUCGCCUGGUUUGUCAACACCAGUGACACAUUUGACAAGUGUUUCCUGGGAUCGUCAGAGACAGCAGAUGCCAACCGUGUGUUCUGUGGACAGAUGGGGGCGGUUUACCUGUUCGGAGAGGCUCUCAGUGCUGCUCAGAUCCUGGCUAUCUAUCAGCUGGGUCCAGGUUACCAGGGCACGUUCAAGUACAAGGCUGAGAGUGACCUGCUGUUUGCAGAGCAUCAUAAGACCUUACUGUAUGAUGGCAAGCUGUCCUCUAGUAUUGCCUUCACAUAUAACCCUCGCGCCACAGAUGCUCAGCUCUGCCUUGAGUCCUCCCCCAAGGACAACGCCUCAAUUUUCGUCCAUUCACCCCAUGCACUCAUGCUGCAGGACGUGAAGGCUGUGGUGACUCACUCAGUCCAGAGUGGCAUACACUCUAUCGGAGGUGUGCAGGUCCUCUUCCCUCUGUUUGCCCAGCUGGAUUUUUGCCAGCCCUCCAGCCAUGAGCUCGACACCUCUGUCUGCUGCACUUUGCUAUCCUUUGUGAUGGAGCUCUUGAAGAACUCAGUGGCUAUGCAAGAGCAGGUCCUGGCCUGCAAAGGCUUUCUCGUCAUUGGCUACACUUUGGAGAAGUCUUCCAAGGUGCAUGUGACGCGGCCCGUCCUGGACAUUGUGCUGACCUUUUCCAGAUACCUUAGCAACUUGCAGAAUGGCAUCUUGCUGCUCAAGCAGAUGUGUGACCACAUUCUGUUCAACCCUGCCAUCUGGAUCUACGCCCCUGCCAAGGUGCAACUGACACUCUACACUUACCUGGCGACGGAGUUCAUCAGCACAGUGACCAUCUACAAUGCCAUUCGCAGGGUGGGCACUGUGCUUCAGGUCAUGCAUACACUGAAAUACUACUACUGGGUUAUCAACCCACAGGACCGCAGUGGGGUAAUCCCCAAAGGCCUAGAGGGUCCAAGGCCAAACCAGAAGGAGAUCCUGUCUUUGCGAGCCUUUCUGUUGUUGUUUGUCAAACAGCUCAUAAUGAAGGAUCACGGAGUCAAAGAGGACGAGCUACAGAGUAUCCUGAACUACCUCCUUACCAUGCAUGAGGAUGACAAUCUCAUGGACGUACUGCAGUUGUUGGUGGCUCUGAUGUCUGAACAUCCUGGGCCGAUGGUCCAGGCCUUUGACCAGCGCAAUGGGAUUCGUGUGAUUUACAAGCUUUUGGCUUCAAAAAGUGAAGGAAUAAGAGUGCAGGCACUCAAAGUAAUGGGCUACUUUCUAAAACACUUGACACCAAAGAGGAAAUCUGAGGUCAUGCUGAGUCACGGCCUCUUCUCCUUGCUCAUUGAACGCCUGAUGAUCCACUCCAGCCAGUUCACCAUGACAACCUACAAUGUGCUCUUCGAGAUCCUUACAGAGCAGAUCUGCACUCAAGUGAUCCAUAAACAGCAUCCGGACCCUGACUCCUCUGUGAAGAUUCUCAACCCACAGAUUCUGAAGGUCAUAGCCGCAUUGCUGAAGAACUCUCCUCCAUCUCCUGAGAGCAUGGAGGUGCGCAGGGUCUUUCUGUCGGACAUGAUCAAACUGUUCAAUAACAGCCGAGAGAACCGCAGGAGCCUGCUGCAGUGUUCGGUGUGGCAGGAGUGGAUGCUCUCUCUGUGCUUCAUCAACCCGCGAAACACCGAGGAGCAGAAAAUCACGGAGAUGGUGUAUGCCAUCUUCCGCAUCCUGCUCUACCACGCCAUCAAAUAUGAGUGGGGUGGCUGGCGCGUCUGGGUGGACACCCUGUCCAUCACCCACUCCAAGGUAACCUUUGAGCAGCAUAAGGAGAAUCUGUCCCGCAUGUUCCGUCAGUACCAGCAUCAGGAGUCUGCAGGCUCUCACAGCACAAUCCGAAGCAUCUCCGGUGUCAGCCAAAGCUCGGAGACCGUGGAAUGUGUUAAUGGAUCACCUGCAGAGGAGGCGGCCCCUUCAACUGUCAUUGAGCUUACAGUGGACGAGCUGUCCGUGAAGUCCCCCGACUCAGCUUCUAGUUCCACCGUCACCUCCAGACUGCUGGAGACUGCAGAUGAAAGGGGACACGCAUCCGUCACUGUGUCCAACAUUCUGGCAAGGGCCGAGGCAGAAGAGCAAAAGUUUGCUCAGGGGCCUUCCGGAGAUGGAUCGGGUGAUGGAAAAGAGACUGAAGCCACUGUGACACAAAAAACUGACACAGAGGAGCAGAUUGAAGAGACCAAUAAGCAGGAAGCAGUGACAGAGACUUCCAGUGACAAGGACAAUGAUAAUCUACAAAUGUCCACUAGCGUCCCACCUGAAACAACUGACACAAAAGCAUUGGAAGUGGUUAGAGACUCAGCUGCGACAUCUGCGAGUGAUGAUGCACAAACAUCAACAGACGAUGAAACAUGUGUGGGUGAACACAAAGUGGAAUCAUCAAACUCCAUGACAGAAGACUCUUUUAAUGAAGCAGACACAGAACUGAAAGAGGUUUCAGAGCAAGAAGGUAAGACUGACCAAACAUCCCCUGACACUGCAGCCUGUCUGGAGAACAGUGUGCUGGGUGGAGCUUCAGUCUUCAACGAGGACCUGGUUGACGUGUCAUCUGUUAGCGACCAGAUCCACCCAAGUGAUGCUGAUGAUAGCCAGGAGGAGUCCUCUUAUGCUUCUGCUACUGUCGGAGAGGAAGGGGAAGUAUUAAAAAAGGCGGAAGAUAAACAUGAAGAUGAUGGAGGUAUUAAAAAUGAUCAGGAAGGACAGGAGUUGAAAACGAAAGAAGAAAAAGAUGAGAAGCAGGAGGUCAGCAUACAUGAAAAAUCUGAAGAGAGUGAAACUGAGGAGAACCAAGUAUCUGGUUUGGAGAGUCGGACUACUCAAGCGGAAACACCUGAAGAAAAUUUGACAGAACCACCCAAAGAAAAAGUUAAAGAUGAACAGUCUUCCACCAUAGCUGAAACCAGUACUUCAGACCAGCAGCCCUCGGAUACCACACUACCCUCUACAGCCCCGGAGGUUGCAGCAGCAGCAGCAGACUCCACCUCACAUAACCAGCCUUCGGAGACCAGCGUCACCACUGGAGAGGAAAACUUGUCCAGUGCCCCAGACAGCAGCACUGCCGCCUCUAGCUCUGACACCCAAAGGAGUGCAGACUCUGUCAGCAAGACCAAAGAGAUUAAAAUUGCCAGACUGGAUGUGUCCAAUGUGGCCUUAGACACCGAGAGACUUGAAUUGAAGGAGACCUCUACAUCAGAAGCAAGCCAGGGCCAGCCGACAGCAGCAGCAGGAAGUUCUUCAGGUCAGCCGAGAGAGAGCGGCACCUCGGCCCCUCGCUCCACCAUGUUUCGUAUCCCAGAGUUCCGCUGGUCCCACAUGCACCAACGCCUCCUCACUGACCUUCUCUUCUCUAUUGAGACAGACAUCCAGAUGUGGAGGAGUCACUCCACAAAGACAAUUCUGGACUUUGUGAACAGCAGUGAGAACAUCGUGUUUGUCCACAACAGUGUACACCUCAUCUCCCAGGUGGUGGACAACCUCAUCAUGGCUUGUGGAGGCAUUUUACCUCUGCUCUCUGCUGCCACCUCCUCCUCUCAUGAACUGGAAAACAUUGAGCCAUCCCAAGGCCUGGCAGUGGAGGCUUCAGUCACCUUCUUACAGCGGCUCAUCAACCUCGUGGAUGUUCUCAUCUUUGCCAGCUCCCUCAAUUUCACAGAGAUAGAAGCAGAGAAAAACAUGUCGUCAGGAGGCAUCCUCCGACAGUGCCUUCGCCUCGUUUGUGCAAUGGCAGUUAGAAACUGUCUGGAGUGUCAGCAAGCCCAAUUUAAGCAUGGCACAGAGGGUACAGCCCGCAGCUACACAGCCAUGCCCAGCACUUUGCUUGGAACAGCCAAGUCUGCAACUGCUAAACCAGAAGGAGCUUUGUCCUUUGUCCUGCUCACCAACAACAAUGUGGUCUUCAGAGAUAUUGAGGACAGUAAGCAGGCUCAGUUUCUGGCUCUUGCUGUGGUGUACUUCAUCUCAGUCCUCAUGGUGUCCAAGUACCGUGACAUCCUGGAGCCCCACAAUGAUAAGAAACACUCUCAACGAUCUCAGUCUACCAGGAGCACAGACAGCAGUGCCAAUUCUGGUGGACUGGAAGUAGAGAACGGCGUCUCUCUCCGACGGUAUGACUCCGGCAUCGGUGAUGACCACACCUCGACCGCUGCGAGCGAGGCAGACCUGUCAUCCUCUGGAGUGACUCAUGGUCCAGACGCCAUCUCAGAGGCUUUGUCCACGCUGUCGUCGGAGGUCAGGCCUGCUCUGCCCGCUGAUUCAAAGGGCAAGAAUGUGAAGGACAUUCUGCGCAGCCUAGUGAGUGCUCCAGCUGAGGAUAUCAUGGUGGACCCAAGUCUGCUGCCACCAGCAUUUCUAGGGAGUGUGGGCGAUGCGGCCAGAAAAUCAUCGCUACAGUUCAGCUCAUUUGAUAGAAGUGUCGUCGUUGCACCCAAGAAAGCGGGCAUGAUGCCAUCGCCAGGCGCUUCCACUCCCGUCCCAGCAGCCACUGCUGCCUCUGUGUCUGCUGGGACACCUAUUGACAGCGUCGCCGUGGUAUCUUCUGGCGACGCCUCCCAGGGCACCUCUGCAGACUCUGCAGCCACAGGCGGCCAGGUUCCAGCCAGCGCUAGCCUGCCAUCUGUCCCACCACUCUCCCCUGUGACCCAGAACACAGCCCCCAAUAUGAGUAUCUCAGAGCGUCUGGAGCAUGCUCUGGAGAAGGCGGCUCCUCUGUUGAGAGAGAUCUUUGUGGACUUUGCUCCCUUUCUCUCUCGGACCCUGCUGGGCAGCCAUGGACAAGAGCUCCUUAUUGAGGGCACAAGCUUGGUGUGCAUGAAGUCCAGCAGCUCAGUAGUGGAGCUCGUCAUGCUUCUGUGCUCACAGGAAUGGCAGAACUCCAUCCAGAAGAAUGCAGGACUUGCCUUUAUCGAGUUGGUCAAUGAAGGCAGACUGCUGAGUCACACCAUGAAGGACCACCUGGUUCGUGUGGCUAAUGAAGCUGAAUUUAUCCUCAGCCGACAGAGGGCCGAAGACAUCCAUAAACAUGCAGAGUUCGAGUCUAACUGUGCUCAGUAUGCAGCAGAGAAGCGAGAUGAGGAGAAAAUGUGUGACCACCUGAUCCGAGCAGCCAAGUACCGCGACCAUGUGACAGCCACACAGCUCAUCCAGAAGAUAGUCAACAUCCUGACUGACAAACAUGGAGCCUGGGGAAACUCUUCCAUAAGCCGGCCGAGGGAGUUCUGGCGCCUGGACUACUGGGAGGACGAUUUAAGGCGGCGACGUCGCUUCAUCAGGAACCCCUUUGGAUCCGCUCACUCAGAGGCUACACUCAAAGCCGCGGCCGAACAUGUGGCUGAUAUCAGUGCGUCCGAGGAGGAUAUACUCAAAGGCAAACAGUCCAUCAGGAGUCAGGCUCUGGGAAAUCAAAACUCGGAGAGUGAGACGUUACUCGACGGAGACGAUGACACCCUGUCCACCCUAGACGAGAAGGACGUGGAGAACUUAACAGGCCCCGUAAACCUGAGCACCAGUGCUCAGCUGGUGGCUCCGGCCCUUGUGGCGAAAGGCACCCUGUCCAUCACCGCCUCCGAGCUCUACUUCGAGGUGGAUGAGGACGAGCCGGGCUUCAGGGCCAUCGAUCCAAAGAUUUUAGCCUAUACAGAAGGUCUUCAUGGAAAAUGGCUGUUCACAGAGAUCCGUGCUGUCUUUUCCAGACGCUACCUACUGCAAAAUACUGCUCUGGAAAUCUUCAUGGCCAACAGAACUGCCGUCAUGUUCAACUUCCCAGACGCCGCCACCGUAAAGAAGGUUGUCCACAGUCUUCCUCGCGUUGGGGUGGGCACGAACUUUGGCCUUCCACAGACCAGGCGAAUCUCCCUGGCCACACCAAAGCAGCUAUUCAAAGCGUCCAACAUGACCCAGCGCUGGCAACGUCGCGAAAUCUCCAACUUUGAGUACCUCAUCUUUCUCAACACCAUCUCUGGUCGAACCUUUAAUGACCUAAACCAGUACCCAGUCUUCCCGUGGGUUAUCACCAACUACGACUCAGAUGAACUUGACCUCACUCUGCCCAGCAACUUCAGAGAUCUGUCUAAGCCCAUCGGUGCUCUUAAUCCCAAGAGGGCAGCAUUCUUUUCAGACCGGUAUGAGUCCUGGGAGGAUGACCAGGUGCCAAAGUUCCACUAUGGCACCCACUACUCCACCUCCAGCUUCACAAUGAUGUGGCUACUACGCAUUGAACCCUUCACCACGUUCUUCCUCAACUUCCAAGGAGGAAAGUUUGACCAUGCUGACCGCACCUUCUCAUCAGUGUCCCGGGCCUGGAGGAACUGCCAGAGAGACACAUCUGAUGUGAAGGAGCUGAUCCCAGAGUUCUACUACUUCCCCGAGAUGUUUGUCAACGCCAACAGUUACAACCUGGGAGUGAUGGAAGAUGGCACCGUGGUCUCUGAUGUGGAGCUGCCUCCCUGGGCCAAGAGCCCAGAGGAGUUUGUUCGAAUCAAUCGCCUGGCUCUGGAGAGUGAGUUUGUGUCCUGCCAGCUCCACCAGUGGAUCGAUCUGAUCUUUGGCUACAAGCAGCAGGGACCUGAAGCCACCAGAGCCCUAAAUGUUUUCUAUUAUCUGACCUAUGAAGGCGCAGUCAACCUCAGCUCCAUCAGUGACCCCAUGCUCAGAGAGGCUGUGGAGUCUCAAAUUAGGAGUUUUGGACAGACCCCCUGCCAGUUGCUCAUCGAGCCACACCCACCCCGAAGCUCAGCCAUGCAAGUGUAUCUUCUCCUGCAGACCCCGCUGAUGUUUACGGAGCAGAUGCAGCAGGAUGUUAUUAUGGUGUUGAAGUUUCCAUCAAACUCUCCUGUGACCCACGUAGCAGCCAACACCCAGCCAGGUCUAACGUCGCCUGCCAUCAUCACUGUCACCGCCAGCCGCCUCUUUGCUGUCAACAAAUGGCACGGCUUGACAGGUCAUCAGAGCUCAUCGGUGCAGGACCAGCAGUACCAACUUCCCGUGGAAAUUGACCCACUGAUAGCCACUAACGUGGGCAGUCAUCGUCGUCAGAUCUCAGACCUGCUGGACCAGAGCAUUCAGAUCAGCUCGCAGUGUUUCGUCAUCACAGCCGACAACCGCUUCAUCCUUCUGUGUGGCUUCUGGGACAAGAGCUUCCGUGUCUACUCCACCGACUCAGGCAAACUGACUCAGAUAGUGUUUGGACAUCGCGACGUGGUGACGUGUCUGGCUCGCUCUGAGUCAUACAUUGGAGGAGACUGCUACGUCCUGUCAGGCUCCAGAGAUGCCACCCUGCUGCUGUGGUACUGGAACGGAAAGCACAGCAGCAUUGGAGAGAGCCCAGGCACAGAGUUUACCACACCGCGGGCCAUCUUAACAGGCCAUGACUGUGAGGUCACGUGUGCAAGUGUGUGUGCUGAGCUGGGUCUUGUCAUCAGUGGCUGCAAGGAGGGUCCUUGUCUGAUCCAUUCCAUGAAUGGGGACCUGCUGCGGACCCUGGAGGUCCCAGAGCGCUGCAUGCGGCCCCGCUUAAUCCAGUCCUCCACUGAGGGGCACUGCAUGAUCUAUUACGACAAGGGACAGUUUUGUCUCUUCAGUGUCAACGGCAAACUGCUUGGACACAUGGAGGUAGAAGACAGCAUCAAGGCCAUGCUUCUCAGUCGUGAUGGCCAGUAUCUGCUGACAGGUGGAGAUGGAGGCGUAGUAUCUGUCUGGCAGGUCCACAACCUCAAGCAGCUGUUCACUUACCCUGGCUGUGAUGCAGGCAUCCGCUCCAUGGCCAUGUCGCAUGACCAAAGGUGCAUCAUAACUGGCAUGGCAUCUGGAAGUAUCGUGCUCUUCUACAAUGACUUCAACAGGUGGCACCAUGAGUACCAGACCAGGUACUGAGCUGAAAGUACCAACAACUUGACUAACAAAGUUUGACACUGACAAAGAUCCAAACUGUUGCAAGUGUGAACUCUUAUCAAAGGCACUAUUCUGUCUAUCCUGAUAUCCUGAAUGUAUCUCACUGAAAGAAGAAAAACAAAUCUGUCCUGUUAUAGUAAAAAAAAAAAAAAAAAAUUCAAACUAUUUUUAAAAAGGGCAUUGCUAUAUUUUGUAGAUCAGAUAGAAAAUUUUCAUAGAAAUCAUAGGGUGGGGGUUAUGUUGCUGUACGGUUAAAAACAAAUCUAUUUUUAGCUGUAAGAAUCUAUUUUCAUCUCCUCCAGGAAAAGAAAAGCGGGAUUUGUGGGAAGCUAGUGAAAACUUUUUCUCUUGACUUAAAAUCCAAAUAUUUGUGUACUUUAGGGUGGGUGAGUUUUUUUUUUUUCUUUCCUCGGUAGGUGUGUGUGUGUUGGGAAUAAUUAUUAAGCUAUCAUUCACUUUUAACAUGCAUUUUGCCAUUUUGGCAACAUAGCCGUUAGAUAUGAAAUGUUUGAAUAAAUAUUAAAUGUAUUGGACAGAAGGAUAAAUGAAGAGGGAAUAUACAUUUAUAUAAAUAUCGCUAUAUAUAUACUGUUUAAAUGUAGUCUUUCAUAUUUAAAAUUUCCAUUCCUUCUGUACCUCUGUGCUUGCUAAGAGAUUGCAUUUCUGUGCAUGGCUCACUGCUCAUAGAAAAAAUUUCAGCGCAGUCUUAUCAUUUAAUACUUUAAACAUCAAAAACACAAACCUUCCCGGCGUCGGUGAUGUUAAAAAUGAGCUUUACAUAUGGGAAGAUGUCAGGAAAACCAUGUCGAGGAUUAUGCUUCUUUCAUAGUUACAUUUCUCUCCCAAAUGACUGAAUUAGCACACAGUGAAUCUUUUUUCUUUUUUUUUCCUCAAAACUGAUUAGUCUCGAUUGUCUGUGCUGGAAAGAGUGUGGGUAUGAGAUCAUAAUUUUUACUACUUUAGUUCUAAAUAAAAACCCCACCAUGUCAUACCUAGUGCCCCAAGCCAGCUUAGCAUCUUCAAAGUCCUCUUUGAGUCCUGUCUCCAAAGCAGCCAACAGCAAAGUGAGAAGCGCAAUUAGAGAAAGGACUUACUGCGUUUCAGUCUGAGGUUCUUUCUCUUUUUUUCCCCCCAUCAAAGCAGUCUAGAUCACAGGAUGAGUGAUAUUGUUAAGAGGUGAUUCAGCACUAAAACGGCAAUGAGACGUAUUCCUUUGGUCCUCUGUAGUAUAAAUGUCCACUUGUGACUUCAAAGGACACAUUCCUUUGAGUUGUGGUGUGGUUUUGAGUCUCCAGUUAUGAGAACUACUGUUAUCUAUCAACCAAUAUUUUUUGAAAUCAUUUUGGAGUGUUUUGUGUGCCGAGUUCUGACAAUAAAAUGGAAUUUUAUAAUUUGAA